AUGGCGUCCGUCUUCCUCCGUGACCUCAACGACUACAUCGAGCCGUCCCAAGCGUGCGUGAACCCCCUGUUCACGUCGGCUAAAAGCUCAGCCACCCCCGACACCGACGAAGCGCCGCUGUUACGGCCUAUUGGCACAGCCACAGUCACACUCGAGACAGAGUUCCUGGACGACGACGUCGCCCGGCCCGAGGCCCGCGCGCCGUCCACAAUCAUCCGCUCGACCAGACAGGAGAAGGCGACAGUGUCGCUGGACGACUGUCUCGCGUGCAGCGGCUGCGUCACGUCGGCGGAGACUGUGCUCAUCUCGCAGCAGAGCUGCCACGAGCUGCUGGACGUGCUGGCCAGCCACACGUUUCGGUUUGUGGUCGUGACGCUGUCGCCGCAGUCGCGCGCGUCGCUGGCCGCGCGCUUCCACCUGCCGCUGGUGGACGUGCACCGGAAGCUCGUGACGCUCUUCCGCGGCCGGCUCGGCGUCGACCUCGUGAUGGAUUCCACGGCCAGCGGCGACUUUGCACUGCUUGAGUCGCGGGCAGAGUUUGUGCAUCGCUACCGCAACCAGCAAAAGACCAUCUGGGCGCGCCCGCCGUCGUCCGUGGCGGUCUCGGCGGACCAGACCGAGUUUCUCGAGCCAAGUACUGCGGCGAGUCCGCUGCAAGAUCCGCUGCGCGCGUUGCCGAUGCUGGCGUCGUCGUGCCCGGGCUGGAUCUGCUAUGCAGAAAAGUCCCAGCCGAACGCUCUUCCGUUCAUUGACACGACCAAGUCCCCGCAACAGAUUGCUGGGUCGAUCGUCAAGCGCUUUGUGAGCAGCGAGCAUGGCGUUGCGUCGCACCAAGUGUACCAUGUUGCAGUCAUGCCGUGUUUCGACAAGAAGCUCGAGGCGUCGCGCAAGGAUUUUCAGGACGCAGAGAACGCGACCAAGGAAGUGGACUGCGUGCUCGCGACGACCGAGAUCAUUGAACUCAUUGAGAAGCUGGAUGUCGACUUUGCGAGUCUCGAGCUCGCGGAGCUGACGUCGGAGGAGAUCAGGCUGAGCGGCAUCUCGGACGACGGUUCGAGUGUCCUGGGCAGCAGCUUGAACGCCGGCUCUGGCGGUCAGCUUGAGCACAUUUUCCGCUUUGCAGCGAAAGAGCUCUUUGGUGUGGAGGUCACGGGUCCGCUCGAGUACGUUGUCGGGCGCAACCCGGACUUUCGCGAAGUGUCGCUGGUAGUAGAGGGCAAGGAGGUGCUCAAGUUUGCGAUAUCCUAUGGCUUUCGCAACAUUCAAUCGAUCAUGACGAAGAUCAGGCGGAACAAGUGCCCGUACCACUACGUUGAGAUCAUGGCGUGUCCAAGUGGGUGUCUGAACGGCGGUGGUCAAAUCAAGCCAAAGUCGACGCUGCUAGCGACUGAGCUGCUCGGUGACGUCACGAGUCGCUUCCAAGAGCUCCAAGUGCGCCAACCCAGUGCAAGCCCAGCUGUCAAGUAUGUGUACGAAAAGUAUUUGGGCGGUGGGCCGUUUUCCGAAGUCGCUCGCAAAGUGCUGCACACACAGUAUCACGCUGUUCCGAAGAUGGAACAGUCGAACCCUUUGGGCAUCAAGUGGUGA